AUGGAGGCCACUCCACAAAAAGUAUCGUUCCACAUUCCGCCAGUUUACAUUCUUGUCGGGGUCGUUAUGUCCUGCCUAAUGUGGGUUCAUGGUUUGGGGUGUUUGUGCAAUGUGCUCCCGAUUUCAGAAUUGGUUACCUCAGCGACUUCAUCAUGCAAAAGUACGGCUGUUGCGGCCGAAAAGGAGGAUGUUGCCGCAAGGAGAACGCCACCGGGGCCGCGGACAUCUGCGAGACCAUCCCUCUGACUCCGCUACGUGGCAGCAUCGUAAACGAUCCCACUAGCGCUAUGGGAGUUUCUUAG